CCGGAGGACUCGGCGGCCGGCGCGGGGAGGCGGGUGUGCGGGCCGCGCGGCUUCCCUCGGCGGCGCCGCUCCGGGCCUCGGCCAUGCCCUCGCCGUGGAGAGAAGUGCCCCUGGAGAGCCUCCUGGGAUAUGUUUCUUGGUCUCUCUGCGAUGGCCUGGGACCGAUGAUCUAUUACUUUCCCCUGCAAACACUAGAACUCACUGGGCUUGAAGCUUUUGCCAUAGCAUUUCUUUCUCCAUUAUUCCUCACAAUUACUCCUGUCUGGAAAUUGGUUAACAAGAAGUGGAUGGUAGCCCUGUUGCGGAUAAUUACCGUUGGCAGCACAGCCUCCUUCCAGGCUCCAAAUGCCUAACUUCGGCUCUUGGUUCUCGCGCUCCGUCUGUCUUCCUCACUGGUAGUGCAAGCCGUGACGUGGUGGACAGGAAGUGGUUUGCAAAGGUACUUCAGAAUCUGGGGAUUCAUUUUAGGACAGAUUCUUCUUGUUGUUCUCCGCAUUUGGAACACUUCACUGAACCCAGUCUGGACUUAUCAGAUGUCCAACAGAGUGAUACUGACAUUAAGUACCACCGCCACACUUGAUCGCAUUUACACAGAUGGUGCCUCCUGUAGACCUGCGGGGAAGAAGUCUGGUGAGGCAGCGAGGGUGAUGGCUUCUAGACCGAACUGGUUGUUGGCAGGGGCUGCCUUUGGCAGUCUCAUGUUCCUUACCCGCUGGAUUUUUGGAGAAGUCUCUCUUGUUUCCAGAUGGGCAGUGAGUGGGCAUCCCCAUCCAGGGCCAGAUCCUAACCCAUGUGGAGGUGCAGUUCUGCUGGGCUUGGCGAGUGGAUUGAUGCUUUCACCUUGUUCAUGGUUUCCUGGUCCCAGUUUAACCUGGUGGAUGACAGGAGCGACCUCGGCUCUGGGUCUCCUUUACCUGCCCACGUGGGCAGCCGCUCUCUCUGGCUGUGUGCUCGCCCUCUUCACGGCGUCCAUGUGGCCUCAAGUGCUUGGACACCUUAUCAGCUCAGGGUCAGGCCGUGGGAAAGCCAUGACCACUGCCAUGGUAUUUUAUCUUCUAGAAAUAUUUUUCUGUGCAUGGUGCACAGCUUUUAAAUUUGUCCCAGGAGGUGUGUAUGCUAGAGAAAGAUCUGAUGUACUUUUGGGGACAGUGAUGCUAAUUAUUGGGCUGAAUAUGCUAUUUGGUCCCAAGAAAAGCCUUGAUUUUCAUCUUCAAACAAAAAACAGUCCUAAAAUGCUUUUCAGAGAGAGUGGAAAAUACAUGAAACUUUUUUUGUGGCUGCUUGUUGGUGUGGGGUUGUUGGGAUUAGGACUACGGCAUAAAACCUAUGAGAAGAAAUUGGGAAGAGGGGCACCAGCCACAGAGGUCUCUGCUGCCAUCUGGCCUUUCAGGUUUGGCUUUGACAAUGAAGGAUGGUCUAAUUUAGAAAGAUCAGCUCAACUGCUCAGUCAAGCAGGUGCAGAUUUCAUUACAAUUUUGGAGAGCGACGCUUCUAAGCCCUAUAUUGGGAACAAUGACCUGACCAUGUGGUUAGGGGAGAAGCUGGGUUUCUAUACCGACUUUGGUCCAAGCGCAAGGGAUCACACUUGGGGGAUUAUGGUUUUGUCAAGAUACCGGAUUGUGAAAUCAGAGCAUCACCUUCUUCUGUCACCAGAGGGCGAGAUUGCACCAGCCAUCACUCUGACUGUUAACAUUUCCGACAAACUGGUGGAUUUUGUUGUGACCCACUUUGGGAACCACGAAGAUGACCUCGAUAGGAAACUUUAAGCUAUUGCUGUUUCAAAACUACUGAAAAAUAGCUCUGAGCAAGUGAUAUUUCUGGGAUAUAUCACUUCAGCACCUGGUUCCAGAGAUUAUCUACAGCUCAUUGAACGUGGCAAUGUGAAGGAUAUUGACAGCACAGAUCAAGACAGAUGGUGUGAAUACAUUAUGUAUCGAGGGCUGAUCAAAUUGGGUUAUGCAAGAAUCUCCCAUGCUGAGCUGAGUGACUCUGAAAUUCAGAUGGCCAAAUUUAGGAUCCCUGAUGAUCCCAUUAAUUAUAGAGACAACCAGAAAGUGGUCACAGACCCCAGGGAAGUUCCCGAGAAAAUUCACUUCAAUCCCAGAUUUGGAUCUUACAAAGAAGGACAUAAUUUUGAGAACAAUCAUCAUUUUCAUAUGAGUACUCCCAAAUACUUUUUAUGA